GAGACCCCGGUUCCAGUAACAUCAGUGAGCCAUUCCUAUUGGUAGCUGACAAGAAUGGAGAAAUCAUUCUUCAAAUUAACAUCACUUCCGGUUCGAACACCACGCUUCCGCUCGGAGAUGUAGGACUGCCCCGAGCCCUGGACUACGACCCGCUCACGGACUACGUGUACUGGUCAGAUAACCGGAACAAGAAAAUCCACCGGGCUCGUCGUGAUGGAAGUGGCAGGGAGACCAUCUUAGACAUCAACACUGUGGGUCUAGAUCAGCUGAACAACAGACUGCUCAAGUCAGCAGCCGAGAUCAUCGCACCCUCCCUGACGAAAAUAUUCAAUGAAUCGCUGCUCAGAACUGUCCUCGGCCUGGCGUUGGACCACGCUAGAGUGGAUAUCUACUGGACUGAUUUUGAUGAAAACACCAUCUCUGUAGCAAAGAUGGAUGGAUCGUCAACUAGAACACUUCUGACGUCUCCUGCCGUCAGCCGUCCUUAUGACCUGGUCCUGGACCCCAGGAAUGGACUCAUGUACUGGGCAGACAAUGGUAAUGACAGAAUUGACCGUGCUGCGAUGGACGGCAGUAACCAAACCACCAUCAUCACGGGCGUGUCUCGUCCCUAUGCCGUUACAAUAGACUAUAGAGAGGACCGGCUGUACUACUCUGAUAUGUACCGCGUGUACAGCUCAGACCUGCUGGGUAACGAUAUCCAACAACUGCUGUAUGAAGACGGGAAGAUUGUGCGGGGGAUUGCUGUUGACGAGAACUACGUCUACUGGACGUCUCGAUGGUAUGAUUCAUCAAGGCAAGGGAAUGUCGGAAAAGUCGGAAUGUUAUCCAAGUCAGACUUGACCAAGACUGUCCUGAUGGAGGGUCUGUCAUUUCCAUGCGGCAUCCGCCUGUCCACGGCAGCGCCUCCUGGCGUCACUACUGUGAUCCCUACAUCACCAGCAACAACAACUGUGAAGACAAGCACAGCUCCAGUCACUACACGUUCGACUGCCGAGGGAAUCACGACUCCGGUCAUCAUACUUACCUCUGCUGAGGGAAACACAACCCCGGUCAUUACACCUUCGACUGUGCAGGGAAUCACGACCCCGGUCAUCACACCCAUGACUGUGGAGCUAAGCACGGCUCAGGUCACUGCGCUAUUUCAAGGCGGAUAUAAUAUUUCUGUAGGUUGUCCAGUGAGUUACACCGCACACGGGGAUUCGUGCUUCAAGGCAUACAACCAAGUCAAAACCUACAGUCAGGCCAGACAGGUGUGUGCAGCGGACGGGGGGCUCCUCGCCAUGCCGAAGGACAGAGAAGUGGACGACUUCUUGUUGGACCUCAAGAACGCCGUGGAUCCCAACUCUCCUUUCUGGUUGGGCCUGAACAAUCAGAACGGAGAAGGAGGGUGGGCGUGGGAAGACGGGACUCCAUACAGCCCAACCGCAGACUGGACUGGUUGGCAGCCGGGGGAACCCAACAGUAACGGAGGAGGCUGUGUCAACCACCUCGGGGCCGGAUGGAACGACGCGCCGUGCUCGUCCGCAUCCAACUUCAUCUGCCAGCUGAAGGAAGCGAUCCGCUGCCCCCUCGGGUACUUCCGGUGCGGACACGGUCAUGCCUGCACCCUGACCUGGAGGCGGUGUGACGGGAGGACGGACUGUUCGGACGGGAGUGACGAGGACGGUUGUGAGUGCCUGUCGAUUCCUGUGGAUUUUAACCUCGGCGGUAGACUUACAAUGUUACCCAAUCAGCUGGGUCAGACGACGUUUGAAGAGAUACAGAAUUCAUCUGCUGUGGACCUGCUCAUCAGUUCGCCCACAAACGGACAGAACCGACAUCCCGAGUUCCGGGAAUUCGCAUCUACAGUGAUUUUCCCGCAAUGUGCUGUCCCCAAAGAGAACGACACUACCUGCUCAUUGUCUCGUCAUGCAGACAACGCGACCUCUUGCAUGAACAAACCACUGCUACCGUGCCGUUCGUGGUGUGAGGAAGUCCUCAACAUGGCUGAUACCCGGAUGAAGAAGCGGUUCCCUACCUGUGACUUGUUUCCACCACCACAGCACGGAAAAUGUUGGAACCCUGAACCAGCGACUAGGAACGGCGAAGUUUGCUACCACGGUGGCGGCAUGAACUACCGCGGCACACGGAGUACAGCCAAGUCCGGGGGAGAGUGUGUGAAGUGGUCCGCAGCGCAGGAAGGGUUCUACACAGCCGCGUACCCCUGGGCUAACAUGGAUAACAACUACUGCCGUAACCCUACCGGUCUGGGGCGGCCAUUUUGUCUGGUGGAAGAUGGCAGCCAGCAGGAAUGCGACGUCGUUUCCUGCAAGAUGUUUUGCUGCUGGGACAUCGGUCCUCCUGACUACGGCAAUAGAAGCCCUAUGAAGAGGUUCUACUACGUGGGAGAAAGGAUCGCCUUCACCUGCAACGAGGGGUACUACAUAAAGCCCGGGUAUCCUACCGAAGUGAGAUGCAUCGAAGGAGGCUUCUGGCAGUAUGACAAGCCCAGUUGUUCAGCGAAUUUCAAGGAUAGGCUGAAAGCCGACCUACUCGAUGUGAACAAUCGCAACCUGGCACCUGAGCCUGUUAGCCGUACCCAGCCUGACAACCCUAACGACACUGGAAACCCUACUGACACUGACAACUCUAGCGACACUGACAACCCUACCGACACUGACAAACCUACCAACACUGACAACCCUAUCGGCACUGAGAACCGUGCUGAGACUGACAACCCUACCGAGACCCCUACUCGGAUUGAGAACCACAUCCGACCCGUCAUCAGCUUUAAUGGAUCUGUAGAACAGAUCGUCGACUUGGAGGAAAAGAAGGAGCAGCUGGUUGCCUCUGUCGUCAUCCAUUUCACAUGGCAGGACAGCCGGUUGAGCUGGGAUCCAAAGUACUACGACAACAUCGAGACUAUCAGCGUCCCUGGCAGCAGCAUCUGGACCCCUACAUUUACUCUGAAGGGGAAUGCUAAUCCUUUGUACCAAGGCCUACCAAAAAUCGUACCGGUCUGGAUCAGUAGCGAUGGCCAGGUAACCUGGAGGGUAGAAACCCUGACCACCACCGUGUGUGAUGCGGACCCUUUCUACUUCCCUGCAGACACCAUGGAAUGCAACAUCUGCUUUGCUGCAUUUUCUGCAACCAUCGAAUGCCAAGAUGGCAGUCCCUGUGGUGUCCUGUCUACCCAACAACUGGAGGGCGAAUGGUACCGGAAGGACAUGAUCUUCGCAAAAGACAAGACGGAGGCGUGCUUCACUGUUCAGCUGGAGAGGAUCCCGCUGUUCCACAUCGCCACUACUGUUGGACCCUGUGUCAUCCUGGUGGCGCUGAUGGUCAUCACAUUCGUCAUGCCACUGGACAGGGGGGACCGGAUCUCGUUCGGAGUGACCAUUCAACUCUCCGUGGUCGUGUCUCUCGUGUUCGUGACGGAUGUGCUUCCUGUCAAGGGGGCGCUGCCAUUUUUCGCCUCGCUGAUCGUCGUGUGCAUGGCGCUGAUGGGACUUUUCCUCUUCUUCACCAUGGCCAUCAUCACCAUUCAUGACAGGCAGGGGAGCCUGUCUCCAAUGGCGAAGACCUUCUUUCUCCGUUACAUGGCAAAGUGCCUACUGCUCGGAGAUCUGACAGAGAAGAAGGUUGCAAGCGACGAUGGAGAGACUGGUCCCAGCAGCAAGAAGCUGGCCUGGCCUGAGCGGACCAACCGCGUCUCCCCUGCCGAUGCCAAGGCGGUGGUCGACGUGCAAAGCCCGGCUGAUGUCCGCGAGACAGCCCCUCAGCCGCCCGCGCCGCACACGCGCCUGGAGGCCGCGGUCUCACGCCUGGAGGUUGCCGUGUCCUCCGCCUCCCGUAACAUGGAUGAGCAGGCCGAGGCCAUGAAGACCGAGCAGGAGGUGUCUGACUACACCCUGCUGGCUAAGGUCCUGGACAGGCUCUGCCUUGUCAUGUACGUCAUCAGCAUUGCCGUGGCCGUGCCCAUGACCAUGUAUCUGGGCAAGUAAAUUACACUUGUGUAAACGUGCCUUAACACAACCAAAAAGUGCGACGUGAUUAUUAUGAUUAUUAUGCAUUGAUUCAGCUUUAAGUAACAUACAUGUGCAGUCAGGACAUGCCCUUACAAGGGCUGUAGUCCUUUGAGAACUUUAGUAAGGUAGUAACCCCACUGGUGGAACAUACAUACUAAAUUUGCAUCUUCAGUAUGAUCAAUACCAUACGAAGGUGAAUGUGUGCAAUGGGGCUUAUAGUUCGUAUGGAGCAUAUA